CCAAGCACGCCCUAGUCUAGUCACCGCUUCCUCCGUUCGCCCGCGCCUGUAUCCUCUCUUCCCCUCCACUCCCAACCCCCCUCUGGAGCGGAGCGGAGAUCCAUCUGGAUCCGGUCCCCAUCUCCCGUCGACGAACCCUCGCUAGCUAGCUCGGAUUAGGAUCAGUUCCCGUGCGUGGCGGCCGCGGAGCAGAGCAGGCGAGGCGACCGCUCUGGCUAGAUCGGAUCGAAUCCCGCCGCCGCGCCCGUCCCGCACGGCGUGGCCGAUGACCGCGUCCCCCCCCCAGCUAUCGACCGACGGACUCGCCGGGUCCCCGCUCGCCGUGGCCAGCCCCUCCCCUCCCCCGCGCCGGAUCGCGCAUCGGCUUGGAGGCCCCUCGGGGCCGCCGCCGGUGCGGGAGCCGUCCGCGGCCGCGCGGGCUGGGGACCGAGCGGCGGGUUUCGAUCGAGGGCUUUCUCGCUCGGGCCGGCGCGGGAUCGGAUCUGAGCCGCCGUCCAUGGAUUCUUCGCAGCUUGCCUGCAUCUUGCUUAGGAUUUGGUACUACUACCUCGGUCCUGGUUCAUUGGUCCCUUGCAUACUCUCUCUCCCUCUCUCUCUCUCUCCCUCGGUGUGGACGCCCGCACCUAAACCCUAACCCGAAUCAGGGGAGCGCUCGUUGCCGGAUCGCUGAACCAUCGUCCCGGUGGCCACACCGCUACAGCGCCGCCAGCCACCGCCGCUCCACUGGCUUGGAUUUGGUUGCGGCGUGGGCUUGGAACCGUACGGUGUUGUCUGAUGUGUGUUCCGCGCUGGGAGGUUUGGUCGGUUGACGCCAGGUAUGAGCAGCUCCUGAGCCUGAUCGCUCCAUGCGUGCACGCAUGCAUGUAUGUAAUGGGUACUACUCCCUCUGUAAAGAAAUAUCAUGGUCAUGUUGCUUGGCGUGCAACCUCUUUUCUCACCAGAGAAAAUAGUGGCGGGGCGAUGAUGAAGAUUGUUGCUGAAAUAAUCAUGUCUUGAGCAAUCAAGACAGCCGUCGUGGUGGUGGUGGUGGUGGUGUGUAUGGGUACUAAGAGCAUCUACAACCAGACUCGCUGGCUAAUUGCCGACUCGCUGGCCCAUCGUUUGGGGGGCCGCCCUCUCAGUCCCGUCGCUACGGUGCCGCCAGCCACUGACAUUCCAUUUCCUUGGAUCCGGUUGUGGCGUGGGCUGGGAACCGUACGGCGUUGUCUGAGAGGUGUCCUCCGAGCGAGAGGUUUGGUCGGUCGAGCCAGGUGUGAGCAGCUCCUGAGACUGAUGGAUGGAUGGAUGGCCACAACAGAGGCGACACCAGGUGAAGGGUGGACUCCUUCUGGAUGUUGUAGUCAGUGAGGCCGCGGCCACCGUCCAGCUGCUUACCGGCAAAGAUAAGGCCCUGCUGGUCAGGGGGGAUGCCCUCCUUGUCCUUGAUCUUGGCCUUGACAUUGUCAAUGGUGUCAGAACUCUCAACCCCAGAGUGACGUAUGCAUGCAUGUACUCCCUCCGUUCCGAAUUACCUGUCGCAGGUAUGGAUGUAUCUAGAUGUAUUUUAGUUCUAGAUACAUACAUUUCUGCGACGACUAAUUUGGAACAGAGGGAGUAUGUGUGUAUCAUGUUGUGGCCGAAAUCAGUGUUUUGACCCUUUUUGGAAAAGAUCAGCACAAAAUGAACCUUGUUGGUAACUUAUCUGAGGCGAUGAUGAUAAAACAUGGCUGACAUAAACUUGUCUUCGAUUAUUCGAGGAGCUGUGGGCAUCAAAAACCCACUCCCCCCUCUUUUAGAACCUUUUCAUUCUCACCGAGUAUUGACGGCUCUGUCUUGGAUGGUCAUUCUGUUGAGUGAUAACCAGAGGAGCCUGACUUCAUUGGUGGGGGUUGAUCUGGUGAAAGAAGAUGGUGGAGCUAGGUUGUAUGAUCUAUCAAAGGCGAAUCUGAGCCCUC